AUGCGGAACUAUACCUCAGCAGCCCUGCCCACUGUGGAACACUCUGUUGCACGCCGAGUAAAUGUUUCCCAGUCACCGUUUCUUCACGCCUUUUAUCUCCAUCACCCCUUACUUCUCACAAUUGAUACUGGCGCUGAGACUAAUAUGAUGAGAGCCUCCCUUGCUAAGUACAUUGGCGCCAAGGUCACUAAAAGUUCACAGUCUGCUAUGCAAGCCGAUGGCCGUACUCCGUUGUCCGUAGUUGGUGAGACCCGGUUAUCCCUGAUCCGCCAUGGAAGAUCCCUCACACCAGAAGCUCUCGAUGUCGAAGAUCUCGAUGUGGACAUACUCGCCGGUACCCCAUUUAUGGCUUCUAAUAGAUAGAUAGAUAGAUCGAUUUAAUUCAAAUCAUAUGGCAGCCCUCCAAGGCUGAAUUGCAUGAAUUUACAAAUACAAUUGAUACAAAAGUUAAAAUAUGAAAAUGUACUAAUUUAAAAAAAAAAUCUACAAAAUUAUACUUUAGAAUUCCAAUUUAUAAAAAUUAUACUUUAAAUGAAUUAAACUUUAUACAAAAACUGCUAACGCCUGCACAUAGAUGGCAGAAAUGUGCUAGAAAAACGCUUGGUACGCAUGACUGGAUUUGCAUGACUGAAGUGGCGUUGUCUUGUGAGGUUAUAAUGACAAUAGUUCUUGGGAGGGAGAAAAUGAUGCAACUUAUGAUCUGGAUUAGAUACAAUAGAAUCAAACAGUUUUUCACAUCGAUCAUCGCUGUCCGCCCUGCAAAACACGAGAUCAUUAUCGCUGGGACUGAUGAACCGUCUUAUGAAUAUUCAAAUACCCCUCAAGCCCAUCACGCCGUCAGAGCCUGCCAGCUCCUCCAUGCUCCUAUCGUAAACACAACCGUUUGGCCAGGGAAAUUUCUUGAAGUUGACGCCUCCGCCCCCGAUUUGCUUAAAGAUUCUACUCUUGCCGUCGAACCUCGUAUAGACUCCGUCUCCUCAAGCCACCUCAAGCCCACUCACGCCUGGCCUCAUCCUAACAUUAUCCAAGCCGUCGGUGGUAAACUGAGACUCGUUAACGACACCAAGGAGCCUCUACUUAUUCGUAGGAACGACCAUUUCUGUCAGGCACGCCUAACUGUUUCCGAUCAUUCCCAGGAACCCUCUAAGAUCAGAACCUCCUCCUCGCCUCCCAAGAUUACCGCUCCUGACGUCUUCCCUGUAGAGUCUGUCCGUGUGGAUCCCGACGGUCUGCUAUCUGCCUCUGAGAAAGCCUCGUUCAUUUCACUCCCAAGAGAAUUCCAAGUGGUCUUUGAUCCUCGCAUCCUUGGCUACAAUGGUGCCGCUGGCCCAAUCGAAGGCAUCGUGAACAUGGGUCCUGUCGAACCUCCCCAAUGCAAAGGGCGUGUCCCGCAGUACUCUAGAGUCCAGGUUGACCUUCUUCAGAACAAGAGGCGCAAGGAAUCUUCCGCCGCCCUGAGGACAUAA